CCGACGGACGGCGGGGGGCGUGCCCCCUUGCGGCCCCGCCGGGGCAUGUGAGCGGGAAGCCGGGGCUGCCCGCCGCGAGGACCCGGAGCCCGGAGCUGCAGGAGCGCCCGGCGGAUAGAUGUCCAUGAGGAGCCCUGGCUCUGCCCAGCUGGCCCUGGACGGUGCUGGCACCAUGGUGAACUGCACAGUCAAGCCUGAGGGGCGGAAGGACGUCUGCCUCGAGUCCCCGCCGGGCUCAGCCGCCGCCACCGCUGCCUCCGAAUCCCAGCCUGGAGACUCUGCCCGGGCACCCCAGGAUGGCGCUGACCCCCAGGCUCCAGCCCAGGAUCGCAGCUCGCCCAAGAGCCGCGGGUCUCCAGAACCCAAGAGGCCAGCAGGCUCCGACGUGGCUUCCGGAAGCCAGGAGAAGUUGGACUUCAACCGGAAUUUAAAGGAAGUGGUGCCGGCCAUUGAGAAGCUGCUGUCCAGUGAUUGGAAGGAGCGGCUUCUGGGACGGAGCUCUGUGGAAACCAAAGAUGUCAAAGGGACUCAGGAGAGCCUGGCGGAGAAGGAACUGCAGCUGCUGGUGAUGAUCCAGCAGCUGUCCACCCUGCGGGACCAGCUCCUGGCCGCCCACUCGGAGCAGAAGAACAUGGCCGCCAUGCUGUUCGAGAAGCAGCAGCAGCAGAUGGAGCUGGCCCGGCAGCAGCAGGAGCAGAUCGCCAAGCAGCAGCAACAGCUCAUUCAGCAGCAGCACAAGAUCAACCUCUUGCAGCAGCAGAUCCAGCAGGUCAACAUGCCUUUCGUCAUGAUCCCCGCCUUCCCCCCCAGCCACCAGCCUCUGUCUGUCCCCACUGACUCCCAGCUGCCUCUGCCCAUCCAGCCCAUCCCCUGCAAGCCAGUGGAGUACCCGCUGCAGCUGCUGCACAGCCCCCCUGCGCCCCUGGGGAAGCGGCCUGGCGCUGUGGGUGCCCACCACGCCCUGCAGGAGCCCCCCCAGCCCCUGAACCUCACAGCCAAGCCCAAGGCCCCGGAGCCGCCCAACACGGCCAGCUCCCCCAGCCUGAAGAUGAGCAACUGUGGGCCCCGGCCGCCCAGCCACGGGGCCCCCACGAGGGACCUGCAGUCCAGCCCCCCUAGCCUGCCUUUGGGCUUCCUGGGCGAAGGGGACGCGGUCAGCAAAGCCAUCCAGGAUGCCCGGCAGCUGCUGCACAGCCACGGCGGCGCCCUGGAUAGCUCGCCCAGCACCCCCUUCCGCAAGGACCUCAUCAGCCUGGACACUUCCCCAGCCAAGGAGCGGCUGGAGGAGAGCUGUGGGCACCCGUUGGAGGAAGCCAUGCUGGGCUGCGACGUGGACGGCUCCCGCCACUUCCCUGAGUCCCGGAACAGCAGCCACAUCAAGAGGCCCAUGAACGCCUUCAUGGUGUGGGCCAAGGACGAGCGCAGGAAGAUCCUGCAGGCCUUCCCCGACAUGCACAACUCCAGCAUCAGCAAGAUCCUCGGCUCCCGCUGGAAGUCCAUGAGCAACCAGGAGAAGCAGCCGUACUACGAGGAGCAGGCGCGGCUGAGCCGGCAGCACCUGGAGAAGUACCCGGACUACAAGUACAAGCCGCGGCCCAAGCGCACCUGCAUCGUGGAGGGCAAGAGGCUGCGGGUGGGCGAGUACAAGGCACUGAUGCGGACCCGGCGCCAGGAUGCACGGCAGAGCUACGUGGCCCCCCCGCCGGCCGGCCAGGUGGCCAUGAGCGCCUCGGAGGUGCUGUACCCGCGGGUGGCGGGCAUGCCGCUGGCCCAGCCCCUAGUGGAGCAUUUUGUGCCGCGGAGCCUGGACCCCAACAUGCCCGUCAUCGUCAACACCUGCAGCCUGCGCGAGGAGGCCGAGGGCACGGAGGACAGGCACUCGGGCGCCGACGGCGAGAUGUACCGGUACAGCGAGGACGAGGACUCGGAGGGCGAGGAGAAGAGCGACGGGGAGCUGGUGGUGCUCACAGACUGAGCCGGCCGCGGCCGCUGCUACGUGGACCUGCCCCAGGACCCUUGCACAGACCCCAGAGGGGCGCCGCGGGGACGGGCUGAGGGCCCCCUCCUCCCCGUGCGUGGCGUCCUUCCCGCCCUCCGCGUCCUGGCUGCAGAGGGCUCGGCUGGCCCUUGGCGCCCGUCCCGCGUGCGCGUUUGGUUUCUCUGUUCUUCUCACGCGGUAUUUAUUGAGCCCCCUGCUCCCGGCCGGCCAGCGCUGUGGCCGAGUCCCCGGCGGGCAGGCGGGGUAACCCCGCGCCCGCACCGCUGGGGGCCUCUCUCUGUGCUUCUUUCUGCUCCACGUGGCUACUACCUCUGUCGGUCUGAGUGUCUCAGGUUGGUGUCCUGUGCGUUCCUGUGCGUGGCCCUGCAGGCCACUGUCCACUCCUUGCUGCGUCCCCGCCCCUGUCCCUCCGGGUCUCUCCAGCAGCCCCUGCUUCUCACAGAGCCAUUUUUAGCUCCCAGCAGCCUGGGAAAGCGUUUGGUCUCCAGCGGCUGCGUCCGGGGUGCCCGCCCCAGCGCCCAAGCGAGUGCCCAGAGGGAGGCGGGCCCCUCGCCCGUGAGUCACCCUGAGAGUGCUGCUCUCCGCCUGGGGCGGUCCUCAUUUGGGUGGGGGGGGGAGUCACGUCCCAUGGGUACCAGGCUCUGAUGGUCCAGGUGGGAGGGGAACCCCCGAAUGUGGAGUCUCUGCCUGCUCCCCCCCUCCGCCCCUCCCCCGAAGCCCAACUUCUCUCCAGGCUGUUUCUUUUUUUAUGACUGUAAACAUAGAUAGUGCUUUAUUUUGUUAAUAAGAUAACGAUGAGUAACUUAA